AUGGCCGCCAUGGCGCCCUUCUCCUCCGCCUCCUCCUCGCAUCCCCCUCGCCUACCCUCUAAAACCCUGACGCCUCGUCAUUCCCGCCCGCUCCACCACAGGUCCCCGCCCGCCGCCUCCGCCCCGCGUCCGCUGCUCCUCUCCUUCCCCGCGCCCGCACGUCGCUGCGGCGCUAGGCUCCGCGCUUCAGCCGCGCAGAAAAUCUCUGCCGAUUAUCAGUUCGAUGACGACGGUGAUGAUGACGAGGAGUACGAAUACGACGGCGAAGAGGAGGAGGAGUGGGAGGUGGAUGAAGAUGAGGAGGAGAUGGACGUGGAGGCGAUGGAGGAGGAGGCCCGCGGCGCCGCCGCCGACCUCGCCAAACGCCUCGCACGGGAGCUCCACAUCGAUGAUGAUGUCAGGGAGAAACGAAGAAACAUCAGGGAUAAGACAUCUGUGUCUAAACAUAUUCCAGAUAAUCUUCUUCCGAAGGUGGCAAUUAUUGGGAAGCCAAAUGUUGGUAAAUCUGCGCUGUUCAACCGUCUUGUCGGAGGCAAUAGGGCUAUAGUUGUUGAUGAACCUGGUGUGACAAGGGAUCGCUUAUAUGGACGAUCUUAUUGGGGUGAUCAGGAGUUUAUGGUUAUUGAUACUGGUGGGGUAAUUACUUUGUCAAAGUCUCAAGCAGGUGUGAUGGAAGAACUUGCUGUCACCACUACUGUUGGUAUGGACGGUAUUCCUCUCGCCACUAGAGAAGCUGCUGUUGCAAGGAUGCCAUCAAUGAUUGAAAAACAAGCAGUUGCAGCUGUUGAUGAAGCAUCCAUCAUACUAUUUGUCGUGGAUGGUCAGGCAGCCGAUACAGAGAUUUCUGAUUGGUUACGACGCAACUACUCUGACAAGUGUGUUAUACUUGCUGUCAAUAAGUGUGAAUCUCCACGGAAAGGGCAAAUGCAAGCAUUAGACUUUUGGUCACUAGGGUUUUCUCCUCUGCCAAUUUCUGCUAUUACUGGCACAGGAACUGGAGAUCUCCUUGACCUGGUGUGUUCAGAGCUCAAAAAAUUUGAGGGAUUGGAUGCAGUUGAAGAAGAGAAAAAUAAGGUUCCUGCUAUUGCAAUUGUGGGAAGACCAAAUGUGGGGAAAAGUAGCAUUCUAAAUGCUUUGGUUGGAGAAGAUAGAACUAUUGUGAGCCCAGUUAGUGGGACAACACGCGAUGCCAUUGACACUGAGUUUAUUACAGCAGAUGGGGAGGAUUAUAAAAUUGCAGAGAGGAUUGAGAAAGAAGGAAAGGCUUGUGUCAUUGUUGUGAACAAAUGGGAUACAAUCCCAAACAAGAACCAUGAGAGUACGACACAUUAUGAACAAGAUGUAAGAGAGAAGCUUCGCAUACUUGACUGGGCACCUAUUGUCUACUGUUCUGCGACAAAUGGCUCUAGUGUUGAAAAGAUAAUUUCUGCUGCUGCUUUGGUUGAGAAGGAAAGGUCUAGAAGACUCGGCACCUCCAUUCUUAAUCAAGUUAUUAGAGAAGCUAUAGCAUUCAAACCACCACCAAGAACAAGAGGUGGCAAAAGAGGUCGUGUCUAUUACACAACACAGGCUGCCAUUGGUCCACCAACAUUCGUUUUGUUUGUAAAUGAUGCGAAGCUCUUCCCUGAUACAUACCGCCGUUACAUGGAAAAGAAACUCCGGUCAGAUGCUGGUUUUCCAGGCACCCCUAUUCGGUUAUUGUGGCGUAGCAGAAGGCGGCCAGACAAACGAGGUAAAUCUGCUGAUAGUAGAAUGCAGAGCCCAGGAACCCCUAGCAGAAUGGUUAUAGCUGCCUAA